AUGCAAAGCAUAAAAUGUGUCGUCACCGGAGACGGUGCUGUGGGUAAAACCUGUAUGCUGAUUUCCUACACAACCAAUGCAUUCCCUGGAGAGUACAUCCCCACUGUCUUCGACAACUAUUCAGCCACAGUUAUUGUGGACUCACAACCAAUCAACCUGGGUUUAUGGGAUACUGCAGGCCAAGAAGACUACGACCGUCUACGGCCGUUAUCAUACCCACAAACAGGCGUGUUUCUUAUCUGUUUCUCGCUGGUGAGUCCUGCAUCUUUCGAGAACGUCAAGACCAAAUGGCACCCCGAAAUCACCCACCACGCUCCUAACACACCUACCAUUCUUGUAGGCACCAAACUAGACCUGCGAGAAGACCGCGAGACGAUUGACAAGCUACAAGAAAAGCGCCAGUCACCCGUAACAUACUCGCAAGGACUACAAAUGGCCAAGGAUAUUGGCGCUGUGAAAUACCUGGAAUGCUCUGCACUGACACAGAAGGGACUAAAAGCGGUGUUCGACGAGGCCAUACACGCGGUCCUGUCACCGCCAGUAGUCAAGAAGAAGCAGAAGAAAUGUGUUAUUUUGUAG